CGCCGCCGCUGCCGUCCGUCCCUCCGCCGCCGGGCUUCUUCAGUGCCAUUUCUCUCCGACCCAUCGUCGCUACUACGUACUCGCCGCCGCCGCCGCGAACUCGGAUCCUGCCGGGAAAAUGUCUGAUGAAUUUUCGUUGGCAGAUGCACUCCCUGAACAGUCUCCUGCCAAAACCUCUGCUGUGAGCAAUACAAAGCCUGGGCAACCUCAGGGCUGGCCAGGAUCCAGCCCUUGGACUAACCCCAGUGCCCCACCUUCUGUGCCACCCGGACUCCCGCCAAGUGCAACGCCUUCCACUGUGCCUUUUGGACCAGCACCAACAGGAAUGUAUCCCUCUGUGCCUCCCAGCGGACCACCUCCAGGACCCCCAGGAUCCUUUCCUCCUUCUGGACCAUCAUGCCCCCCACCUGGUGGUCCUUAUUCAGCCCCAAGUGUGCCAGGCCCUGGCCCCACAGGGCCAUAUGCUGCACCAAAUAUGCCCUUUCCAGAGCUACCUAGACCAUAUGGUGCACCCACAGAUCCAGCUGCAGCUGGUCCUUUAGGUCCAUGGGGAUCCAUGUCUUCUGGACCUUGGGCACCAGGAAUGGGAGGGCAGUAUCCUACUCCCAAUAUGCCAUACCCAUCUCCAGGGCCAUAUCCCACUCCUCCUCCCCCACAAGCACCAGGGGCAGCACCGCCUGUUCCAUGGGGCACUGUGCCACCAGGAGCCUGGGGACCACCAGCACCAUAUCCUGCCCCUACAGGAUCAUAUCCCGCACCAGGACUCUAUCCUACACCGAAUAAUCCAUUCCAAGUGCCUUCAGGACCUUCUGGUGCUCCGCCAAUGCCUGGUGCUCCCCAUUCUUAUCAUUAAGUUAACAGUGGAUGACGAGAUGACGCUUUGCUUUUUGAAGUACAUGUAUAUGUGCAUGUGAAUGCAUAUAUGAAAAUUGCUGGUUUCACUAUGAGAGGGCAUUCAUGAAAGAACAACUCUUGCACCUCAGAGAAGAUAUCUACUUCUGUACAUGGAUGUAUGGAACAUCAAAUAGAUACAAUAAGAUAAAAAUGUAGACACCAAUCAUUCAAAUGUUAAUUGGUUUUUGUGGGAAACAGUGAUUAUGUAUAUUGAAUAGCUCUUUGAUAAGAUUUGUUUAAAUCAUGAAACUACCCUUAAAGUCUAAAAUGGUAUGGGUUAUUGUUAGAAUAUAAUUCAAUUGGCAAGUUAUUUCAAGUAGUUUGCUAAAAUCACCCUCACCCCCAAUAACCUGGAAAGCAGUCACCUAAUCUGAACAUGGCUUCUCCUUACUUUGAGCUCCUCUAUGAGCUGUGUUAACUUGGGCCUAUUAUGGUUAUGUUUCAGAUUCACAUUUUUAACUUGUCAAAUGCCUAGUUCAGUAGCCAGCCAGUGUUCAUUUUUAUCCUUGAGCUUCUAGUAAAAGCUUCUGAACUGCUUCAUUUUUGCCAUAUGGGUCAUAACGCACUGAAAUCUGCCAUUUAUAAAACUUAUGUAUGUGUGGUGCUGGAGGUGGAACCUAGGCCCUCAUGCAUGCUAGGCCCCCACUGAGCUACGCCCUUUUUACAAGCCAACAUGUACGCAAAGUGUAUUCUUGGAGAAUCGGUGAUCUCUUUGUAUUGCUUUAGAAUGGAUCAUGAAGGAAAGAAUGAUUCCUUGUUUGGAACCUUGAACUAGAUGCCCUAGGACUUGCUUCACUGCAGUGAGACGGCUCUUACUCAGCCCACCCUGCCACCUCCCUACCCCAUCCUUCCUUCGGUCCUUUAGAAAGAGCACAUCCGUGAUUCCUUCCUCUGUGGAAGACUGGCACAAUAGACAUUUAUUGUAAGAAAAUAUAACAGUUUUGUUUAGAGAACAUUAAGUCCUACAGAUAUGAGUGCUCUCUUUGUACAAGUGUGAAUCAGACAUGCAGUAGAGUCAGGUUAAGCUAUGGAAUUGUUUCCUGAGUCUGUAAAGUGUUUAUGGCCAUCAGUUCUGUUCUGUUUGUUGACAGGUAGAUAAGUAGAAUUGAGAACCACCUUUGAAGAAAUUAUUUCCUAGCACAACAGUAACAAUAACAAAUUGUAGAUUUCUGCAACAGAGUUUAAAGCAGUGAGACUGUAUUGCUUAGAUAGUGUUCAUUAUAACAACCAGAGCAGUCCUGGUAGCUUGGUGAUACCUUGCCUCUAAAUCUGAAUCAGUCUUGGAUUUGGAACUGAUCUUGAUCUUAUUUAGCAAAUAACAUUUUGAACUUUUGAAUGUAUCCAUUGGGUUUCUAAAAUGUAUUGUGAAUAACUCAGAACAAUAUAGAAAAGUUUAUGCUUGAAUUCUGUUUUACUUUGAAAUAAAAUAUUGAGUAGUUUACUUCUGUAAUUAAAAUGUCAAGAAUAUCAAAUGCUGCCAAUUUAAUGUUUUUGAUAGCCACCUACCUCCUUUUAAGAAAACAGUGGUCCCCUUUGCAAUACACAUUUAGCGUUGAAGCCUCCAUUACUUUAGGUAGAUGAUAGGUGCAAACUUGCAGGGUUGAGAAAGGUAGAAGCUGAUUUGAUUGCUUGGACAGUGUUAGACUGAAGAAUGUCCUUAGCCCUUACAAUAGCAAAAAUGAUCUUUUCAUCUUUCACUUCUUUUCAAGGACUGGUGGUAGCUGUCUACCUGUCACUAGGACGCUUACCAAAGUAGCCUUAAGUCUACAAGGCAGGUGACCUUAGGUGUCCUAGCUUGUUACCAGUCAAUAUCAAGAUGUCAGUUAGGGAAGGAUCAGCUGUAGGGAAAGAAGACACCAGCAGAAAUACCUCUGUAGUUAUUCUGGCUGCCCUACGGUGGAUAAAUGUGUAAUUCUGAAUUCAGAAACUCCUGUUAACAUCAGAGAAGAUAAAGUGUUACUGAGUGUGGGAAUCUAAUUGUGGAGUCCAUUGAAUAUAGAAGCAAUCUUUUGCUAAAGGAUAGGAAGGACCAUGAACCCAAGACAUAAGAAGUAUGUAAUAAAUGGAGUGACCUGUCCACAUGGUGCAUGCUGGGUAAUACUGCCAUUCACUUUAAACCUUUGUUUUCAAGGACUUCACAACUAGUGUUUGGUUCUUUUAGCAUGAGAAGAGAAAUAUUUGCUUUUGUUUAUUUUUAUUUUCACAGAGCAUUUCUCCAGUUGUCCACAGGGUAGAGUAGAUAGAGGUGUCUCAAUUCUUAGAGGUACUCUAAGUCAAAAACUAUUUCUGGGCUUCAGGUAGAGUUAAAAGCAACAAGUUCAGAGAGCAAAUGAAGAAAAAGAUUAUGGAAAGGGUUUGGGUUUUUUCCCCCUACCUAACAAGGAAAUGAAAGUGCUUUUAAAACAAGUCAUGCUAGGCUGACUUGGGGUUUCAGGGAGUACAAAUUGCAGAAUAUACUGACAUGGACUUCAGAUGAUUUUUAAAUUAAUUUUAUAGGGCUAGUUGAGAUGUAUUCUCAUGAGAUGAGAAACAUGAAUGGUGUUUCUGAGUUGGGAGUCUGGUUUUAAAAUGUUCCCAAAAUAACAAUGAAAAAUAUACCUCAGAACCAUCUCUCAGAAUUGUCCAGAAUCCAGUACUUCAUAAAGGGCUUCAGAUACCUUGUCUUGUCUGCUCUGGCCUUGCCUGCGGUGUUUUUGUGCUUCUGAAGACACUUUUCACAGCUCUGGCUGUUUACUUCCGUAAAGUAAUAUAUUGAUUAUUCACAACAUCCAUUUUCAAUUGCCCGAGGAUUGCUGCCUUUCUUCAUUUUUCUUGUAUCAGAGAAUAAUAGGGCAGACAAGAAAAGGGGUAACUUUGCCCUCAAUCAUAUCACUACAAUGAAGUGCUUUCUAGAAGUUUGCCCAUGCUAUCUAUUACCUCAUUAACACUAUCUUUGAUCCUCAAGUAGGCAGCUUUGGAAAUCAGUGUAGAUUGAAAAUAGCUCUACUCAGUUUCUAGUAGGAAAUUGCUGGGUUUACAUAUCAGUUGCCUAUACGUCUAGAAAGUUAGUGCCAAUGUCUUCCUCACCUUCAAUGAUGUAGAGAUAAAAGCUGGCUUUAUCAAGUGCCAGGGUUACAAACUAGAAAUUAAGUUUAAGCAGAGGCCUUCCAUUAAGUUUUUGAGAAAAGUUUAAACUCAGAUGAAUAAAACUGUUGAGACAGGAGUCGGUGGGCUUCAGGGAAGUCCGUGCCCUUGGUAAAGCAGUGGCACUGAAGACUAGACACUUGAUUUUCAGAAUGCCAACAAGUAAAACAAAACAGAAAAUGGUAAAUAAUCAGUAUUGAAGUGGCAUGCAAGCUCUGGCUGUAGAGCCCAUCUAUGGACAGUUUGUUCCCUCAGCAUGCGUGUCUGUGAUCACGUGCUGUGCUGAAGGCCAGACGUAAGAGAUGGGAAGCAAUCCCUGUCCUUGAGGCUCAGUCUAGGGUUGGUGACCUUACAUACAGAACUUGUUACUUAUACCCAUGACUGGUUACCUAGGUACAAAGUAUUACAUAGCUGCUGAUGGAAAUUAUCAGCCUGCUUUGGAGCAUUUUAAAGGACAAAAUGUGAUACACUGUUUUUUUUUAGAGUGUCUUUCAAGAGUGUGGUGUUCAUCAGUGCAACUAUUCAAGUGUGCAAAGUAAUGGUAUACUUCUCCUUUCCCUCUUUUGGAUAAAGGCACUUUCCCUGCCUGUCACUGAUUAACAGAUACUGACAUGUUGCCAUUAAAUAAACUUGAUUUCUUAUGUGUGCUAUAUAAAGGAUUUUUUAUAUUU